CUAUCUUCUCUUACAAAGAGCUCUCUAUACGAAACCUCAAACUCACGAGUCAACUCAUAGAGUUCCUUUUCUUUUUUCCAAAAGACAUAAACAGGAAAAAUGGGAGCGUGCGUAUCACGUGAAGGUAUGAGUGGAGAUUCGGCGAAGCUAGUACUGUUCGACGGGACAUUACAAGAGUUCUCAGCUCCGUUCAAAGUUUGGCAGAUCUUGCAGAAACACCCGUCGAGUUUCGUCUGCAACUCAGACGAAAUGGACUUCGACGACGCCGUUUCAGCCGUCUCCGGCGACGAGGAGCUCCGAUCGGGGCAGCUUUACUUCGUCUUACCGCUGACGUGGCUCAAUCACCCGCUGAUGGCGGAGGAGAUGGCAGCGUUGGCUGUUAAAGCGAGCUCGGCGUUGACCAAGAGCGGGGGAGUCGGUUGGGUUGCCGGCGGCGACGGCGAUAGCUCCGUUACGGAAGAAUAUGGUAAACCGAAAAGCAACGCCGGAGUGGAGACAAACGUAGGUGGCGGAAGAGGUUGUGGGAAAGGGAAGAGGAAAUUUAUGCGGAAUUUGAGCACGAUCGCCGAGUAGGAUCAGUUAGUUUAUUUUGAGAAAAAAAUGUAUAAAUUGUAAUUAGAGACGUUUGACUUUCUUCUUUUAAUGGAGUGUCAGAAAAUAAAUUAGCAGAAUUUGAGAAA